UAGAAUGAUCUGUUGUUUAUACAGUAAUACCUGAAUACGGUAAUAUGCUUCUGAUUUUAGAAUUCUACUGUUGACUUGGAGGCUAUACUAGCGAAUGGUAAAAUUAUCAGACAUAUUAGUUUUCUAGCUGUAAUUCCCCUUUUUAGUCAAAGGUGGAACAACUCUGCAACUGCAGAUCUGUGAUAAAAUGUUUUUAUUUCAAAAACCAAGGAGGUGCAGCUUUGUGCUAUUCAUUUCUGUUGUUGAAUUGUUAGCUGGGUAUGAAGCUAUUCCAGCAUCAUCUGACAAUGUAUUUAAAGUUCUGCCUAAAAGUCAAGAUGUUAAUCAAGGAAGAAGCGCUAUCCUGCAAUGCUCACUGAAAACAGAAUUUGUAGAUUCCUAUACUUUGUCUUGGCUCGAAGAUGGAAAGGAAAUAAAGAAUGGUCGUCGAAGGCAUGUGGGAUCAGAUGGGUAUCUCCAUUUGGAUACUGUUGAUAAAGAUUUGGAUUCUGGAAAAUUUCAAUGUCUUGCGACAAAUAUAAAAGACAGUUUGGACGAACAAGUUACUGAUCCUGUUACUCUUAAUAUCAAAUGGGUUGAGGUUGGUGCUGUUACUUUGCGGGUCCCAGCAGGAAAUACUGAUAUAUUACCUGGAGCCCGAGUCGUAUUGAAGUGCAAUGUCACAGGCAAGCCGGCACCACAAAAUAAGGAUAUAUCAUGGUUUUUGAAUGAGAAGGAUGUGAACAAAUUAUUAGAAAGAAAUAUUAUUGUUAAUAGAGGAAGAUUAGUGAUUGAAAAGGCUCAACUUGGCAUGUAUGAUGGGACUUAUUCAUGCUGUGCUACUGUGGGAUUGUUAGAAAAAAAAUGCAGUGUGGACAACUAUGAUCUUUACGUGAGAGAUAUAGCUGUUCCAUUACUGGUCACUCCACCUGAAGAUGUCAUUGUCAGGCUAAGUGGGAAUGCAAAAUUUGUUUGUGAUUUUGAUUCUAUUCCUCCUCCAACCAUAGAAUGGUCUCGGGAUGCUGAUAUUUUGAAACCAAAAACUGGCAAGGAUUGCAGAAUCUGUGAAUUCCCAAAUGGAACAUUAAUUAUCAAUGAUGUGAAAGAAAGAUUUCAGGGUAAAUAUACUUGCAAAGCGGCAGGAAUAAAAGGCGAUGAAAUGUCGGCAAGCGCAACAUUAUCUAUUGCAUACAUUGAUGACUUUUCCAACCCACAGGAAGAAAUUGAAUUUCUCGAUCUCGGGAAUGAUCUUGAAAAAGUGUGUGACCCUCCAAAUGCUCUUCCACCAGCUAAUAUUAUUUGGUUUAAAAAUGGAAAAAGAAUUGCCAUAUCUGAUGAAAGUGCAAGUCCUCGUGUUACUGUGUCGGGUCGAACUUUGGUUAUUUUAUCAAUCCAAGCAUCAGAUGAAGGAAAGUAUUCGUGUGUUGCGGAAAACAUGGCAGGGAACGUUAAAAAGUUUUUCAUCUUCAGGAUUAGAUCUGCUCCUAUAUUGAAAUCAGAACUUGUGUCAAGAACUGAGAAAGAAGGAGAUGAUGUUACAUUGAGAUGUCACGUUGAUUCAGUACCUGAACCAUUUUAUACCUGGUAUCAGAACUCUACACUGUUGAAGUCUGAUCCACACUAUUCAAUGACAGACAAUGAGUUAAAAAUAAAUGGAAUUAUGAUGAAAGAUGCUGCAAACUAUCAAUGCCUUGCACAGAAUGCUCUGGGACAUGUCAGCUCCACUGCAUUCAUACAUGUUGAAGAGCAACUUAAAUUUGAUCCACUACCCAUGGAUACUUGUGCAGAAAUUGGAACCAGAUCAGAGAUUGUUUGCGGGGCGCGAGGUGUAAAAAACCCAUCUGUUAGCUGGACUGUGAAGUUAAUUACAGGGGGUUCUACCAUUGAAGAUCAGUAUAAGAUUAUUACUGAUGGAGAUGGAAAAGCAAAUAAAACAUUAGUCUUUCUCGAUCCCAAGCCCGGUGAUGCAUGGGAAGCAUUCUGCACUGCCAAUGAAGUGGAUAACACUUUAUCAUCUAAAACAAAACGAAUAUUUGUAUCUGUUGGGAGAAGACCAGAAAUUAUUGUUCCUCCUCAAGGUGCUACUGUGUUCACUGGAACACCAUUCAGACUUGACUGCAAAAUUGGACCCAAGCUUAGCUGGGAUUUAUCUAAAGUUCAUUGGACAGUAUAUUCUAGCAAUUCUUCGAAAACAUUCAGCUCAAGAAACAACAGCGAAGAGGUCAGUUAUCAUAAUAUCAUGAACAAUGGAUCUUUUUAUAUCAAGAAUGUUAGCAAGGUGGAUUCGGCUACCUAUUUGUGCUCCUACACGGAUUGUGGAAUCACUGUUCAAGCAGAAGCUGUUCUGGAUGUUGCAGAACGAGACAAUCCAAUUACAUCGUCCAGUGAACCUGGUGAUAAUUUUGAUGACAAUGGUACUCCACAAUACAAGAAAAUACAAACAAUUGCUCUUGCGGUGGGAAGUUCAGUCGCAUAUCUUAUAUUAACUAUUGCUAUCAUUGUUUAUUGCAGACGAAAGAAUCAGCACAAUAAGAAUGUGGCGAAAGGAUCCGAGAGUAAUGUUGAGGAAAUUAAUGGGGAAAUGGAGGAAAGGUUGAUGUCUAACGGGUUUUCGAGCCAAGUAAAGGGUCAAACAAAAAAGAAUGGAGUAGCUAUGUUAAUGGAGCCAGUCAUACAUCUCAAUGAUGAAAUUGAAAGUUUGCAAUAUGAUUCGAAUAAUCUGGAACGGAUCACAGUCAUAGGAAGUGGAAAUUUUGGGGAAGUCUUUCUUUCCAAAGCACCUGGACUUUUCCCUAAUCUAACUGAAGAUAUUUUAGUUAUGGUCAAAGAACUUCAGCCACUCCAUUUGGAGAAGGAAAGCAAUCAUAGUGCAAACAAUUGCAGCAUGAUAGUCAAUGAUGAAACAUCAGAAAAAUCACGUCAUUUUGAAUUCAACAGAGAAAUAAGACUUCUGUACAUGACAAAACAUGAAAAUGUUGUUAAACUUCUUGGAGUAUGUAGUAAAUAUACAGACUCGCCUACUAAUCCAGAUCAUUUGAUUACGGAAUACCUUGAAUGGGGCAUAUUGAAACUGUGCUUACAAGCGUCGAAAGAAGGCAAGCUUCAGAGAUUCAACAAGCUCAUUAAGAUGAGAAUGUGCUGUCAAAUUGCAGCAGGACUUGAUCAUUUGACCAAACUCGGACUGACUCACCAAGAUGUAGCCACAAGAAAUUGUGUCAUUAGUUCAAAAAUGUUAAUUAAAUUAUCAGUUUUGAGUUUAACUGAAGAAGGAUUUGAAAAUGAAUACACAUUGCACAAUGGAAAAUUAUCACCAAUAAGAUGGAUGGCUCCUGAAUCUUUGCUAGAAAAUAAAAUUGAAUUACAAUCUGAUGUAUGGUCUUUUGGAGUAACUUGCUGGGAGAUAUUUACUUUCGGCGAAACACCAUAUUCUGAUCUUACAGAUAAAAAUUUUUUAGAUGCAAUGCAGGAGGGUCACCUUCCUACAUUACCACCCUUAGAAAAUUCAAAACGAAUUACAUCACUUAUAUCAAAGUGUUGUCAUGAAAAUCCAGCUUCUCGUCCAGAAUUUCAUCAAAUUGUUAAAAAAUUACAAUCUAUUCUGGGCUUGGAUGCAAAGUCAGAGAAACCAGCUGUCACAAGUUCUCGUGAAACUGAAGUUGAUGUUGAACAACCUCUGUUAUCUUCCUCUGCCCAACAAGAUCUAGAGGUUCAGUCCAAUGUCAAUCUUGAGGUUAAAACGUGAUGUUAAUUAUGUAAGUUUUGAUACAAGUGCUUGUGUCCAUGUAUUGUCAUUUGGAAUGAAGUUGGGCCACAGUACGUGCAGAUGUGUUGAUGUUGUUUGAGAAAAAGACUGCCUUUCAAAAUACAGAUCAGGGAACAUUGGGAAUAGAUUCAAUAGAAGAAAUCUAAGAACGCUCCGUUGGCAGUGGCAAUUUAUAUAUAUUUUUUAUACAAUCCCACUUGCAUAUAACAACAUUGCUUGUUUUCAUUUUUCGAAAUGGCUCAUUUGUUUUGUUGUUUCCUUCAAAUAUAAUCAAAUGUUUUCAUAAUAACUUCAAUUCUUGGGCAUUGUGACAUUUUUAUUUGCUUACCACACUCCCAGGUUCUGUUUAUGCCAAAUUUUACUGUUGUCAAAACAGACUGGAAUUAAUUUGGAAAUAAAUAUUGUCAUAAAAUUAUCGAUUUACAGCAUGCCCUUACCUCAAUAUUGAGUAUUCUCAUUUCAAACAUGUUUUAAAUUUAGAAGUGGGUAAAUGCAUGACCCCAUCCAGUUGACUUGGGCAGCUAAAACCUCGGUGUCCAUUAUCAGUAUCUGUAAUAUGUCAGUUUUGGCAUGCCUCCAUAUGCUUUGGCUAACUGUUAAUGUUCAUGUAGGUAAGUUUGAGAUGUUGUG